UUUCCUCUCCCAUUGUACCAUUCAGAGAAACAAUUGUUCCUGUGUCGGUAGAACUUCAAUCAAAUAAAGAUAAUACACAACGCGGUGUGGUGACACUUUCUACACCAAACAAGUAUUGCACUAUUAAAGUGCGUACCGUUCCACUACCUUCAAAUGUUACUGCCUUCCUUAACCAGCAUGCUGUUACCAUAAAAUCUAUUUUGGAACGGCAACAACGCAGUAAAAUUGAUUCGCACACCACAGAAGAAUAUGAAGAUGCUAUCAAUGAGGUCACUAUCAAAGGGGAAAGUAUACUAGAUGCCGAAGAGUUUUCCAAACUUCUCCAACUUGAAUUUGACAAAGCAGCUAACAGCAAAAUUUGGAAAAACGUGGUGAAAAAUAUAUGGGCAUUUGGUCCCAAGCGUGUUGGACCUAACCUAUUAAUAAAUAAUGUCCAGAAUUAUACUCGGAAAUCAUGGCAAAAAUAUUUUAGUGAUACUAAAAUGUCUGGAUUAUUGUCAUCUGAUAUCAAUGAAGUAAAUCUAGAAUUUAUAGAAGAACGUACAUCUCUUGAAUUAUCCAUUCGUGACUUUGAAGAGGGUAUUCACACAGGUUUUCAGCUCGUAACUAAAGCAGGGCCUCUGUGUUCUGAACCAUUAAUGGGAGUGGCAUAUUUCUUGGAAGAUUUUACA